CGGCACGUGCAGUAGUGGCGGCGGCGGAUCGCAGCGAAUCCUGGGGACUGAGCCUCAACCCCGGAUGGUAUUUUUUCAGUAUUUACAAUGAUCAGGGCAAAGACGAACCUCGAACAAGACACUGUCAUGUAGUUGGAGGCCUGACUGUGCUUUGUGUGGAAUUAACCCUGGGGUUUGGCUUUCAGUUCAGAAAAUGAGGCAGAAGGGAAUGAUAACCAAGACCUUCCAAGGCCCGGCCGUGGUCUGUAGGAGUCCGACCAGCCAAGUUUACAUGUUUGACAAUGGCGGUGGGGACUCGGAGGAUUCCUCUGAGGAAGAGUCCCACCCUGUGGCGCUGCGGCCCCGGGGCAAGGAGCGCCAGAAGAAGGGUGCCCACCACCCUCAGCAGCCAGGAGCAGGCAACGUGGUGCUGCUGCAGCGGGAGCUGGCGCAGGAGGACAGCCUCAACAAGCUCGCUCUUCAGUACGGCUGCCAAGUCGCAGAUAUCAAGAAAGCCAACAACUUCAUCAGAGAACAAGACCUAUAUGCUCUGAAGUCUAUUAAGAUUCCAGUGAAAAGCCACGGGAUCCUAACAGAGACCCAUAAGGAGCUCAGACCCCUUCUGAGCCCUUCCUCAGAGACCACAGUGACCUUUGAGGAGCAGCCAGACCAAGACGGAGCGGCCGUCAGCGCCACUGCCCCGUCCAGCCCGCUGACGUCUUUCUUUAAGGGCAUCGACCAGAAUAUCGAGAGUGCAGUGCAGUCAGAAAUCUUUAUAAACGAGGGUUACUGUGGAGAGACCUCCCGUCAGCCGCUGCUCCCGGUGCUUCCCAAGCCCCCGACGCACGGGGCGGACUGCGGCAUGCAGUUCUGGAAUGCUGUUGUCAUCAUGCUGCUCAUCGGGAUCGUUUUACCAUUGUUUUAUUUGGUCUAUUUUAAAAUACAAGCUACCGGCGAGAACCCUAGUAGCUUGAAUGCAACCGCGGCCCCCAAUGGCUCAAUGGCCAUGAGUGCCGUUCCGGGGCACACCCCCAAACUGGUGAUUGGGGUGCCGGCCAUGCCCUCUCCGGACAGCCAGUUCAGGCCGCCCUCCUGGCUGGGGAACUAGCUGUGGUGGUUUCUGCCGAAGCGGCUGGAGCAGCUGGGCCCCUGCCGUGCGUCCGCUGACACUGGCCGUGUCUAGGAUGCUGCAUGUACUUUGUGACAUGGACACGUCUCCGAAGCCACCGCUGUGCUCUCAGUUAACAUUCGCCCUAAUAAAUAGCCUCACCUAAUCCAGGAUGGCGGAGCCAAAUAGCAGCAGUUUCAGCCUCCUAGAUCUAGAAUGACGAGAGACAUUUACACGGGACGGAUGUCAUUUCUUGGCGUGUAGUGGGCUGGCCGUGAGUCUUCCCAGUAGCGCAGUGCGGGUCCCCGGGUUGGACGUGCUCAGAGGGAGAGGAACAGCCUUGACACGCGAACCUGCGGCAUGGGAGCUCCUGGGCUCGGUUUUGGUUGCCUGGCUGUUGGCAGUGUCCCCUGCUUGCCGUGGAGGGAUGACUGGCUCUGACAAACGGUGCUCUCUGUCUCCCUGGCAAAGGUGCUAUGCCGUCCGAUAGUGGCGCAUGUCACCCAGUUCUAGAGCGUGCCAGGCUGCAGGAACAGUAACACCCUGCUGCGUUGUUGCCCCACCAGUUAGCCUUUUGGAGGAAGUGUGACUCGUAAAAUCGGAACAGCCCCGAAUCCUAAUUGCUGUAUUACUGAGCAGACAGCAGUUCUGAUCUUCGUGCUUUCAGAGCUCCCCAGUCUGACACACGGGUGUGUCUGAAGCUGCUGCGUGGCACGGCCAGCACCUCCUGCCAGGACAUUUGGGGGCUGGUGCCCACUUUCUCCUGAGGAGCAGCCCCACAGCAGUCGCCAGCUGGCUGCCCUGUCAGUGUUCUUGGAAGUUCUUGGUAGCCAGUGUCAGGAACUGAGCAGCGAGAAGGAUGAGUGCUAGUCACCAAGGUCCCACCAAGGGACACUUCUAAGGCCACACAGUCGCGGUCUGGCAUUGCCACGAGCUGCAGUCCCCAUGCACACCUGGAGGGGUGGUGCAGGGCGAAUGGUGGGCUCCCAGACUCCAUCCUUAGGGUUUGUAGAGGAACGGGGUGAGUGUAUGUUAGGGUGAACAACACUGCAGUGGAGCUUAUAACGCUCAAAGACCAACACGUCACGGGUGGCCAAGAGGUGACCCUUGCUGUGAAUGGCCGUGGCAGUGGGCCUGAUCCCUGCCAGUCUGAGGUUUGCCCAUCUCCCCUUCAGGGAACAGUGGUGCUCACUACGGAGGCUGGAGAGGGGGCCCUAGGUUGACCUCUGAGGACCUGCAGGUGGGGUGAGGGGCGCUGGCCGAGAGCCUGCUUUGGCAGGAGCCCAUCUUGGUCCACUGAGGAGUGGAAAGAGGUGAGUGGCUCAGCCUCCGAGAGGCCUGUCUCCAGGAAGGAGGUGCUGAGCUGUGGGCAUGGCAUAGGCCUCUCGGCUCCUGAGCCUAGUGAGACGGGCGUGUGGCAGAAGACCUCUUGAGAGGGGCUUCCGACAUCUCGGUCUGGUGACCAACGAGUCGCCCUGGGUUCAAUGACUCACUCUAAAGGAUCUUCCAAAUGAAGUGUGUUCUUCAAAACCAAAAUGGUCUUCAGGACAAAGGAACGUGGGAACCUUUGGUACAGGAGACGUUUUGAUUACAGGCCUGCUUCUCCAGCCAAGUGUUUGUUCCCUGCCUCCUGAGGGCCACAGCUUUCUGUUUGCCGUCAUUCCUUUCACAGGCGGGGCUCAGAGUCGUAUGGGAAAAUGACUUUUGCCAGGCAAAGAAUGAAUAACUGUAUCCUUCACUUUUUUCAAAUGGAAUAAAAUCAUUUCUUCUGUGAAGGAAAAUCGAUUUCCUCUUUUUUUAACUUGGGGGUUGAUAAUUGAGAACA